AUGGUGAUACCAAGUAGUACAACGCCACCAACGGUGAAAGACGCUAAUGCCACACAGAGUUUCUUGCAACAACUACUGCCAAAUCAGGUGGCAGGCACACAAACGAAAACCACCACCACCAAAUCAGGUGGCAGGCACGCAACCGGUGGUCUUCCAAACACCAUCGACAAUACAGACGACAGGGGUACAUGGGAUGUUCUCCCAAACGUCACCGAUAAACCAAAUGAUAAGAGAAACAACAGUGGUUAUCCAAAUUCCAAUGCUGGACCAAAAAAUGAGAAACUAAAUAGUACCUUCCCAACCUCCAUUCGCAACAAACAUUACUCUACCCCACAAAAUCUCACAGUAUCAGCAACUUGUCCCUAA